GUUUAAUGUCUGCAAGUCACAGGUGAAACAAAGUCCAAGAAAUGGGCAUGGGAAGCUCCUUUCUCUUCCUUUCCCUUCUCUUCCUCUUCUUCUUCUCUUCCAAUUCAUUCAAUUCGUCAUGUCCAAUGGAUCUCAGCUAUGUCCCAACCUUCCCCUGGGACAAAAGUCAAUGCCUAGAACCAGACCGAGAUCACUGCUGCCUUACCCUCCUCAGUCUCCUUGGCAUCGGACUGGCGCAACACCUUAAAGACACCUCCACGUUUCAACUACCCAGCGAAGCUGCUUCCUCCGCCUGUCUCUCCGAGUUCCAGACCGAGCUUGCCACCUUGUCAAUUCCGCCAUCUGUAGUCACUCAAUGUUUCGAGUCCACUCAAUUUGUCACCAACACUUCAAGCUGCGCAGGAAUCGUUACAAUCAAAGAUUGGAUCGAGAAGGUCGGUCCAAUGACCCCAGUAGACACAUCUUGCAAACAUGACAUGGCCAAGCUAACCCUGUGCGGGGCCUGUGUAGACGCCGGAAAAGAUGUGCUUGCUCAAUUGACCCAAAUAGAUCCAAAUUCCACCAAAUGCUGGUACUUCACCGUCUUAUAUGCACUUGGUGUUGUCAAUGAUUUCGGUCCCAAAAGUCCUGGUGCUGCUGCUUGCAUACUCGGAUUGCCAUUGGAUAUCUCCGCAACCAAGAAUAAUAAUCAAGAGAACAAAUUGAGCAGAGAAAGUCUGUUGAAGCUGGUUUUCGGAUUCCUUGGUGCUCUCAUCGGUGUUAUUCUAGCUUUUGCAUUGAUUGUGUUGUACAGGAAAUGGGAGAGGAAGAACAGGGGAAAUGCCAGGCACAGGGAGUUCGUCAGCAACUUCAGGGCAAGCAUGUUGCCUCAAGCCGGCGCCAAAUGGUUCCAUUUACAGGAGCUCGAAAGGGCCACGAAUGGAUUCUCUCAAAGGAACUUGAUAGGCCAAGGCGCAUCCGGAGUAGUCUACAAAGGAACACUUGCAGACGGUACUCUGGUUGCCGUUAAGCAGAUUCUCGAUCUCGACUCCAAAGGGGACGAUGAGUUUUCCAACGAGGUGGAGAUCAUAAGCAAGAUAAGGCACAGAAACCUUCUGUCUCUCCGCGGGUGUUGUCUUUCCAGCGACGUCUUAAAAGGACGAAGGAGAUAUCUGGUUUAUGAUUUCAUGUCAAACGGAAGCCUCGCCGAUCACCUGUUCAGUACCGGCGGCGGAAGAAAGCGGCUAACUUGGCCUCAGAGGAAGAACAUAAUUCUAGAUGUGGCCAGGGGCUUGGCUUACCUUCACUACGGCCUCAACCCCGCCAUCUACCACCGAGACAUCAAGGCAACCAACAUCCUUCUCGACUCGGAAAUGAAAGCAAAAGUUGCAGACUUCGGAUUAGCCGUUCAAAAUUCGGAAGGCCAAUCUCACCUCACCACGAGGGUCGCCGGAACACAUGGGUACUUGGCACCAGAAUAUGCCCUGUACGGGCAAUUAACAGAGAAGAGCGAUGUAUACAGCUUUGGAAUCGUGAUCCUGGAAACCAUGAGCGGCAGGAAAGUUCUAGAUACUUCUAAUUCUUUAUAUGUUCUGAUCACGGAUUGGGCAUGGACGCUUGCGAAAUCAGGGAAGGUAGAGGGAGUUUUUGAAGAAUCGAUAAAGGAUGAAGGGCCAAAAGGGGUUAUGGAGAGGUUUGUUCUUGUUGGGAUUCUUUGUGCACACGUGAUGGUGGCUCUACGGCCGACCAUCGCCGAUGCUCUGAAGAUGUUGGAGGGUGACAUUGACAUCCCAAGGUUACCGGACAGGCCAUUGCCACUGAGUCAUGAGUCUUUCCGAUCAUCUUUGUGGCUCAGCAAAUCGGCGAGUACGACUUCAACUUCAAGAACCCGCUCCAGCUUAGAUGCAGUUUAGGCUGUUCUUCUUUUUUCCUUUUCUUUUUUUUCUUUUUUUUUUUUAUUUAAAAGGAUAUUUGAUUAUUCAAAGCGUAGCAGCCAAAAAGGGAAAUUAAAUAUAUCACAAAAAGAAUAGUAGCUGUGUUGAUUACUGACUUAGGCCGCAAUGUUUGACCAUUCCUAAAGAAUUUACUAUGCAAAUUAGUAAUUAAUUGUUGAAAAGAGG